UCCCCCGUCAGAGACAUUCAAGUACAAGUCCUCACCCCUCCCCUGUCCACCGACAACCAUUAUAAGUAUUGGUGCACACCUCACAGAUAGAUUGCUAACGGGCCAUCCCACUUGAAUCAGGAGUGACAGGUGUAUAUUUGGGACAUACCCGCAGGGCUCGCUAACCCACAGGUAAGUGUCCUCUCCCAGACACCUUUUAUCCAUUUCACCAUCGGGUGUCUCUGGUGUCAGAAGGUCCACCGUGCAAGUACUAGAUUCCCCAAGCAAGAACAGGUUGUAGACAAACAUUGUUCCUGGAGACAAUAGCAAAAAAAGUAACAACCAAAUGAUGCAAAUGUUGCUGUGGAUGACAAUCGCCUUUUGUUGGAUGACAGUAGGCUUGGCGUGCAGAUGCCUGCAACCUACACCUGCGGUUACAGACUACUGCCAGAAAGAUAUCGUGUUUCGCGGAAGACCUGUGGCUGUGUACGGGACAAAUGCGCCAUCGCGGAUUUACACUUUUGAAGUGGACGAGAUUUUCUGGUCCAAAAGAAGCUUUGCUGGAAGAACAAGGCUUAAUGUGACUACCUCAAACAACAGCUGUGGUGAACACUUUGGUUUGAACAUACCUUUCGUCAUUGCUGCCACGGAAUUGAAUGGACAACUGUCCACUUCACUGUGCUCAGGAAACAAGCAGUGGAACAGUCUCGACAUCAACCUGCAGAGGUUGCCACAAACCUCCUACGAACAGCUGUGUACUUCGAUAAACAACUUCAACCAAGCUGUUGCACAAAGGUCAUGACCACCACGUCGGCAUCACGUGACCGAGUCACGACAUCCCAUAAUAUCACGUGACGGCAUCGUACCCAGGGCAACCAGUGUUUGUACUACAUGGAAGAAACUCGGCUUUUGUUUUCAAAACCAGUCGCUGUUUCUUGUGCCGAAAAAGAUGUCGACGCAAAUAAAAUUUCUUUAAAAGUG